CCCAAGUCUUCUCGUUUGCAACGUUUAACAGAAGCAAAUAUGUAUAAGUUGGACAUAUAGCUACGACAUACAGGACGGACCCAGAGUAAAGAAGCUAGCCAGUAGUAAAUAUCCUUAACAUUAUACCACACGCAUGGCCAGGAAUCGAAAAUACUCUAUUGCCAUUGAUUUGGCACAAGGUACUGGAUGGACUACCCUGGCCUUGGUGAAAACGGUAAUCAGGGCGCGCACACAGACAUGGCCACCGGAUGCGCCUACCAAUGACAGAGAACAGUCAUGAUCUCUCGAAAUUAAAGUUUAUCUCCUACUUCAGCUGAAUAAUACAUUCUGUUCCUUUAUUCAUUCUGUUUUGCAUUCUACACCUACUCACUUCUUCAUUCACAUCAUGGCUAGCAUGCAACAACCACCUCAGCUCGACAAGGUCAAACAUAUCAUCCUCGUCAUGUCCGGCAAGGGCGGCGUGGGCAAAUCGUCCGUCACUACCCAGCUGGCCCUGUCGCUCAUCGCCAGAGGAAAGACCGUCGGUGUGCUCGAUAUCGAUCUUUGUGGACCCUCGAUCCCCCGUAUGCUUGGUCUCGACGGCAGGGGUAUUCAUCAGUCAUCUGCAGGAUGGGUGCCAGUAUAUGCGGACGAAAAGAAGCAGUUGUGUUGCAUGUCGAUCGGAUUCAUGCUCGAGAACAAGGAUGACUCCGUAGUCUGGCGUGGACCCAAGAAGACAGCUAUGAUCCGCCAGUUCUUGACAGAUACUUGCUGGGGAGAACUAGACUACCUUAUUAUUGACACACCACCAGGCACUUCGGAUGAAAACAUCUCCAUUGUAGAACAUCUCAAGGCAUACAACCCAGACGGCGUCAUUCUCGUAACAACACCGCAGGCAGUGGCUCUGUCAGAUGUGCGCAAGCAGGUUAGCUUCUGUCGACAGGUCGGCAUCCCCAUUCUCGGACUGGUUGAGAACAUGAGCGGCUUUAUUUGUCCUCAUUGCUCUGAAUGCAAUAACUUGUUUUCGGCUGGAGGGGGAGAGGCCAUGUCGGAAGAAUUUGGACUUAACUUCCUAGGCAGAGUCCCAAUCGAUCCGACCUUGACAGCAAUGGAUACCGACCUCGUAAAGCAGUUCCCAACAUCGUCCUUGUUCCCUGUGUUCGAGAAGAUCACUGAAAGAGUCGAGGAGCAUGCCACUCGAUCGCAAUAGAGGAAUAGAGCAAACAGGAACGCCUAGUCGUAGCCGCAUGGUAUAGAUACAUAGCGCCUUCAAUUGUAAAAUACAACGAUCUUCUCAAAUGAACAAGUUGAGCAUUGACGG